CCCACUCCUUGAAAGCCACACCGAUCUGUGUGAUCAGAUCAUUACCACCAACGCCAUGGAUCACUCGCCCGCCAAGUUCGUCCUGCUCCUCAUGGCGGCAGCGGCAACCUGGAGCAGCGUCUUCCCCGUCGCCGACGCGCGGUCGGCUCAUGCAGUCGCCGCGGGCUGCAUACCGCGCGAGCGGGACGCCCUGCUGGCCUUCAAGCAUGGCGUCAACGACACCGAGGACGACCUCGUGUCGUGGCACGAAGGAAACCAAGAUUGCUGCCGAUGGGAAGGCGUCACCUGCGACAACGCGACCGGCCAUGUCGUCGAGCUUGACCUGGGCUGGUGGACUUCUUUCUUGGUCGGCCAGAUAAGUCCUUCCUUACUUUCACCAGAGCAUCUGGAGAGCCUUGAUCUCGCCUACACAGGACUGUGUGACCAUGCGCAUCGUCUUCCAGAGUUGCUGGGUUCUUUCAAGAACCUGAGACAUGUCGAUCUCUCCGACACGCUUUGCCAUGGUGAAGCGCCUCCUCAGCUCGGCAACCUGUCGAAGCUGGAAUAUCUCGACCUCUCCGUCCCGGCUAUCACCCAAGAGAGGGACCUAAAAGACAUCUCAUGGUUAACCCGUCUACCUCUCUUGUCAUAUCUUGACUUGAGUUGUUUGGACCUCAGCUCAGUUGUUGAUUGGCCUCUUGUGGUGAGCAUGAUCCCCUCCUUGGAGUACCUCGACCUUUCUAACUGCUCACUUCCAAGUGCAGCCCGAUCCCUCCCACACCUAUACACCACAAAUCUUAAGUACCUUGACCUCUCCCGUAACUACUUUGGUCAUCCUGUUGCAUCCUGUUGGUUUUGGAACAUAACAAGCCUCGAGUACCUCCACCUCUCAAAUACCAAUCUCCAUGGCCCGUUGCCUGAUGCACUGGGAAAUAUGACCUCCCUCCAGUGGUUAGAUUUGAGCAACAUGGGUAACAGAACCACAAUGACAGUGGAGUUGGGAAACCUAUGUGAUUUGGGAACACUACGGCUUGACCGGAGUCUCUCCUCUGGAAACAUAACAGAGUUUCUGGAGAAAUUGCCAAAGUGUUGGUCCAACAGAUUGCAAGAAUUGACGUUGAAGAGCAACAAUAUGUUUGGAAAGCUGAUGAAUAGUAUGGGACAAUUAAACAACUUAACUAUGCUUGACCUUUCUCACAAUAACAUUACGGGAACUAUACCGAUAGGCAUUGAUAAGUGCUCUUAUUUAUGGCACUAUGACCUUUCUUACAACCAUCUUAUUGGAGCUAUACCCUCAUGGUUGGGGAAUUGCACUAGAUUGUGGUAUCUUUCUCUUUCCAACAACCUGCUCACUGGACAUAUACCGCAUGGUUUUGCGAGUUGCGCCGCGUUACUUACACUUGACAUUUCGGACAACCAUCUUAGUGGAGCAAUACCACCGGGGUUGGGGAAUUGCACUAAUUUGGGGCAACUUUAUCUUUCUAGUAACCAUCUUACUGGACAUGUGCCAUCCAAGAUCGGUAUGCUUGGUCAUUUGUUUGAUCUCGACCUUAGCAACAAUAAUCUUGAUGGCAUGAUCACAGAAGAACACCUGCUUGGUCUGAAGAACUUAGAGCACAUGGAUUUAUCACACAAUUCUUUCUCGGGACCUUUACCAUCACAUUUUGGAUCUCGAUUGUUAGUAGAACUGUCUUUAUCCUACAAUUACUUCAGUGGCCCUAUUCCUAAAUAUAUUUGUCAGUUAGAGUUCCUACUUGUCUUGGAAUUGUCAUACAACUCUCUAGAGGGAGAACUUCCUCGUUGUUCUCAUGAAUCUAGCUUGGUUUACCUCCUCUUGAGUAAUAACAACUUUUCCGGCAAGUUUCCAUCAUCAGCCCGAAACUACUCAAGAUUGGCUUUCCUAGAUCUUUCAAGGAAUAACUUCUAUGGAACAUUGCCGUCAUGGAUUGUAGAGUUGGUAAAUUUGAAAUAUCUGCAACUAAGCCACAACUUGUUACAUGGAGAUAUUCCAUCGACUGUCACAAAUCUGUAUUGCCUUCGUCAUUUGAAUUUAGCCAAAAAUAUUAUAUCUGGAGUUAUACCAUGCUCUUUGUCAAAAUUAACUGCAAUGACCCAAGCAAACUCAACGAAACAUGGGACACACAAGUCUUGCAGGUCCAACAACUAUGGAGUUAUGAAAAAUGAAGUUUUGCUUGUUGUAAUGAAGCGCCAAGAACUUAAGUAUGGUAUUAUUGGAUUUUUUGAUGUGCUGAGUAUUGACCUAUCACUCGACAAUUUAGUUGGUCGAAUUCCAGAGGAGUUAACUUCUCUCAAUGGACUGUUGAAUUUAAACUUAUCAUGGAAUCACUUGAGUGGACAAAUUCCUGCGGAGAUUGGGGCUAUGAAGUCAAUUGAGUCACUAGACCUCUCAAGGAACAACCUUUAUGAUGACAUCCCGGCAAGCUUGUCGAAUUUGACGUAUUUAAGCUCAUUGGACUUAUCAUAUAACAACUUUACUGGAAGAAUUCCCCUAGGCAAUCAACUUGACACAAUCUACUCCGAGAACCCGUCCAUAUACGCUGGUAACAUUGGCCUGUGUGGCCCUCCUCUCGAAAGAAAUUGCUCAGGAAACAAUGGUCUUGAGCAUGUGAAUCAACAAAAAAGUGAGAAGGUUUACGAGCUACUAUUAUCCUUUUACUUUGGACUUGGGUCUGGGUUUGUGGCUGGCCUUUGGGUCGUGUUUUGCACUCUACUAUUCAACAAAACAUGGAGAGUUUCCUAUUUUCGCCUCUUCGACAAGUUGUAUGACAACGCAUAUGUGUUUGUGGUUGUUAUUUGGAGGAUGAUAAAUUUCAAGGAAACUACAAGUUGAGCACUCUGGAUGAUUAUCAGAUGGUGUUGUCAUCGUAGUAUUAGUGGGCUCUAUGAAUAAUUGAUGUUGACCAUGUAUUUUCUUAGCA